CUAUAGGCCUAAAGACCAUCGUAGAGUUGCUCAUCCAAAAGCAAAAGCUACUCAACAUACGUAGAUUCGAUGGCCACUGUUUUUGGGACUGCAGAGAAAGUAGCAGCAUUCUUCUCCAUUGUUUUUCUUCUUGUUCUAUGGCUACGGUUGUGGGGUAGAAAGAGAAUCAAUAUGAUUCGAUCGCUUCUUCGCAAUUUCUCUAAUAUCCAUGAUUAUACCACUUCUGGUCUUCGACGAAGUGGAGGCACAUUGUCAUUCAAAGGACCUUGGUUUACUGGCAUGGAUUUUUUGGUGAUUAGCGAUCCCAUGAAUGUCAAUCAUAUUCUAAGCAAGAACUUCACCAACUAUCACAAAGGUCCUGAGUUCAAGCAAAUUUUUGAGCCUCUAGGAAAUGGCAUUUUCAAUGCUGAUUCUGAUAGUUGGAGUGUUCAAAGAAAAAUAUUUCACUCUUUAUUAAUCAAGAACAAGAAGUUUGAGUUGGCUGUAGAGUUUACUUUGAAGCAAAAGAUCUUACAAGGUCUAUUUCCACUUCUGGAAAAUGUCUCACAAGUAGAUAUACAAGAUGUUUUCCAACGAUUCACGUUUGACAAUAUCUGCCAGUUGGUUUUAGGGUUUGACCCAAAUUCUCUUUCUAUUGAAUUCCCUGAAGUUCCUUAUCAGAAAGCUUUUGAUGACAUAGAAGAGGCUGUCAUGUAUCGGCAUGCAGUGCCUGGAAGCAUAUGGAAGUUGCAAAAAUGGCUUCAAAUUGGGAAAGAGAAGAAGUUGAAGGAAGCUUGUAAGAUUUUUGAUGAUUUUUUGGAGCAAUGUAUUAUAAGAAAGCGAGAACAGUCAGACCAAAACUGCAAAGAACAAACGGAAGGAGAAUAUUUUGACUUGUUAACAUAUUUUUUCGCAGAAGGUGAUGAAUUUGCAGCAGCAGCAGCAAAAGGAGGUAUUCACCUUAAAUCAAGCAAGUUUCUAAGAGACAUGGCAACUAGCCUAUUGGUAGCUGGGAGAGACACCGUAGGUGCUAGUCUUGUUUGGCUAUUUUGGCUUGUUGGAACACACCCAUCUGUAGAGAAAAAGAUUUUGGAAGAAAUCAAAUCAACUUUAGGAGAAAAAACAGAUGAAAAAUGGAGGGUUUUCAGUAUUGAAGAGGUAAGAAAACUAGUUUAUCUCCAUGCAGUUAUAUGUGAGGUUUUGAGGUUGUAUCCAUCAAUACCUUUUCAGCAUAAAGUGUCAAUAGAGAAAGACAUUCUUCCUAGUGGGCAUAGGGUGCCUAAAAAUAUGAGGAUCUUGUUCUCCUUCUACUCGAUGGGCAGAAUGGAAGAAAUAUGGGGUAAAGAUUGUUUAGAAUUCAAACCAGAGAGGUGGAUUUCAGAGGGAGGAGGAAUCAAACAUGUGCCUUCUUACAAGUUCAUAGCAUUUAAUGCAGGACCCAGGAGUUGUUUAGGUAAGGAAUUAUCCUUUAUACAAAUUAAACUCAUUGCUGCUUCUAUAAUGUGGAAUUAUUCUCUUCAAGUAGUUGAAAAUCAUCCUGUCAGUCCAUGUGUUUCUGUAAUACUUUAUAUGAAAAAGGGUUUGAAGGUUAAUGUUUUUAAAAGAAUUGCUGCUUGAAACCAAAGCAAUUCUUUAUUUUAUGUAAUGUUCUGUAUUUUGAAAACAAUAAAAAUCAGUGUGGUCGUUGCUUAAUCUA